AUACGGCAAAGCGACACAGGAGCAGGAUUAGUGGGCUGCACAACAUCUGUAAAGACGAGCCUCGCCUCAUAACGGACCCAGAUUUAUAGUGAGAGCUGUUAAAAAGUUUGUGUCGAGUCAAAGUUAACAUGACAACGAACGGCUUAACUACGUCGACACGCAUCAACAGUAACGGAUUCAGAAAACAGAACUUUUAGGAAAGAAGACGGGGCUGUCUGCUGUUGAGGUCUCAGAGAGGAGAUACAUCUCUAGAAAUAUGGUGAAAAAGAAGACAACUACAGGGCAUCCAAACAGCUCUUCCAAGACAAAAAAGUCAGGCCUCAACAAUGCAAAUGGCAAGGACCGGACUCCUGUGGAUAACCCAACAGGGAAUGAUGCCCCUGCUGUUCCUACAGACCUCCAGACUGUUGGAAAAGGUCAGCUAGGCUUUCCAGACAGAGUUUACCUACUGGCAUCUGUCAUCUUCCAGAAUAACCACCUUGAUAAGCCUGCUGCACAGCGGUUGGUGAACUAUGGCAAAGAGAGAGGGAUCCCUUUACCUGCAAUCAAAGAUGAGGAAAUGCAACACACAGCUUAUGGGCUUGCUUUCAAUACACUUAAGUAUCAAGAGCUGCUGGAGGACAUCAUGACUGACAGCUGUUUUUACCUCUUCCGGCAAAUGCCAGAUGAUCAGAUGAGCCUUGUUGCUGUAAUGCUCUACGACUUUCAGGACAGAAAAUUCCUCCCAAGGAAAAGCCACCAGAAGGAGGAAAUCAUACAGGAAGUAAGAGAUGUGGAGAGUUGCCUCCUUAGAUGUAAAACCAAGCUGGCAGCCUCACUUGCCCGCUGCAGGAUCAGACGUGACCUCCUAUCCAUUGAAUGUUUUCUGCCAGAGAGUGUGAAGAAGAAGCAGGAGAGGUCCAGCAGCCUUCCACUGUAUGCAUGGGUGAACACGCAGAGGAGCAGCCUCAGUGAGGCCCAAAGUGUGCUGAAGACGGCAGGCUUCACGCAGGUGGAAUCAAUUGGGCAGCUGGAGGGCCAGACCUUCUGUCAGGAUCCCCACUGUGGGGAUGUACUGGUAUUCCCUGCUCAGCUGAAGGCUCAGCUGUACUCCACUGAGCUGCUUAGCAACCACAAACUUAUCAUCCAGGAUAAAUUCUGCAGCCUAGGCCCCAAUGCAGUGUGCUCCCUGCUACCAGAAGAAGGAGAUGUGCUCAUGCUGGGAUGUUUCUCAGGCCUCACUGUCUCCCACACUGCUUCCCUUGUUUCCAAGAGAUAUAAAGCCGAAAGCAAUAACCAGCCCACGGUCUAUGUUUGUGUCAGUGACCGGACAGACACUCAGAGGAAGGACCUACAGCAGGCUAUGACUGCCACUGGCUGCAAGAACGUAAAGCUGAUACUAGAGGACUUCCACUCUUUGGAUGGAGGUGAUAAGCGGCUCCAGAAGGUGCGUGUUAUCCUCUUGACCCCCAAGUGUUCUGUGUCUGCUGUCAGCAACGUGAUGGAGUUCAUACUACAAGAGAUUGGAGACACAGACUUGCUCCAGGACUUAUCCAGGGACUCCAUAGCCCAGAGCAAACUGGAAGCUCUGGUCACCCAGCAGAAGAAGGAUAUUGAUCAUGCCUUGAAAUUUUCUAAGGUUUCGGCAGUUAUAUACUCCACCUGUUCAUCGUACUCUGAUGAGAAUGAAGCGGUGGUGAGCAGAGCCCUGGAGCAAGCCAAGGCCCACUCUGAGCAGGAAGGAGAGCCAAGACAAGCAACCUUCAGGCUGAGUCCAUCCCCGUUCAGCAAUCCUCACCACCCUCAGGGUCAGGAACAGACAAACUCUUUCUUCGUGUUGGAGCCCUCAGCACAAAGCAAUGGUUGCUUUCUGGCUGUUCUCAUGAAAGAGCUGGAGCCAGUGGUCAAAGAGGAGCCUCAUGAAGUGCUUCAAAGAGCCAAAGCCACAGGCAUACUGGACAGGAUCGGCUCAAACCAGCCUACCAGAAAAGAGCAGCAUGGGCGUACCAACAAGAUGAUGAAAACAGCACAUACUCGCAACUAUUCACCCAACCUCACUGUUGGUGUACAAUCUAAAAACCUGGAGCCUAAAGGCAGCAGCAGUUCAAGUUUGUGUGGAAAUCAGAAGUUUAUGAACAUGCAGCAGUCAUUACAAGGGAAAAUUAUAGCACCUAGCUUGCAGGCCUCAAAGAACCCCACCUCCAGCUCCUCCUCAUCCUUAAAACCAGAAAACACCAACCCCCCCUCCUUGUCCAAACCAGAACACAUCACAUUAAAGAAAACCAUCACUCCUGUAUUCAAAACUACAACUUCCACAGACCGUCUGCAUCCUGCACCUUCUCCUGCCUCUCUGACGGCCCAUAUUGUCCGUCCCCGCAAAGUUCAGCAGGAGGUGCUGAAGCCUGUUGUGCUGGUUUUCCCUCCUGUUCACUUCCCCAGCCUCUUUCCCCCUCAGUGCAGCCGAACAGGAUGCAGCCCCAGCUUCAGCUGCAGCCAGUGGAGGACCCCAACUCACAAUGAGCUCCUCCCCCGCACACAUGGAAAAAUUCCCAAGGACGCUUUGGUUAAAUCUCGGCCUCUGUUUUAAGUCUGAACACCAGCACAGAUAUAAAAUAAGUCUAUACUUUUAGAACAAAUAUUUGCUCAAAUAAAGCCAGAAGCAACUUAAUCUUUGUCAAGACUGUAUGCAGUAUUAUUGUAGUGCCAAACUCCACCAAGUCAUGAUAAUGACUCCUCUUUAAGGCCUCUGGAGCCAAUUGUAGUUAUCAUUAUUAUAGCAGGUCUUUGUGUGUCAUGCUGGACAGACUUACCACUGUGAGAAUCUAAUCAAACUGCAUAUAUUCAUGGGGUAGAACCAAUGUCAUUUCAAUGUCACUCUGAUGAACAGCUAUUACAUGGGGUUCUAGUAAACUAAAAAAUGAAAGAACAUUCAUGAAUCUAACCCUUUUUUCUUUUGGUAAUGCAUUUAUUGACACAUCAGAUUACAUUUACAUGGUGAAGAGAUGAGUGAAGAACAGAACUGAAAAGUUUUACAGCAUCUCUCUUGUUUUUAUUUUCUGUGCAUCUCCUUCAUUCUGAUUGGACUGCGUUCACAGAGUUCAUGUCGAGUGCAGGUGACGGCUCCGAGCUAUAGGAGCAGUGUUCACGUUUCUGAUAGCUGUGACAGCAAACUUUUACUGCUGUAUGUGUGUAUUUGUGUGUGUUCAUUUUGUGAGUGGGAGUCAUCUGGCUGGAUUUACUGAGAAAGAGAAAUCAGAGUUAACCCUUCCUGUCUGGCACUGAUUCUGCUUUUUCUGUGCCGUAUUACCACUAUUCAUAUAGCCCUGAGCGCUUCACAUCUGCCAGAGUGAAAGCUGUGAUCUGGAUUUUCUUGCUUCUACAUAAACCUUGGGUGUAUGCAAAAUGAUUCCUGAGGAAAUUGUAAAUUCAAACAUAGGCAAUGUGACAUUCAUGAGCUUUUAAACUUGGCUUUUGAAGCAUGUUUGCAAAAC